GCAUUAUGUGUGUGUGUUAGUGUGAGUGUGUUGAACGGGUUUUCCUUGUGGGCCUUUGAAUUUUUGCAAAUUACACAAAAUUAAAAAGUAAUGCAAAAUUGUGGUCCUUUAAAUUAGUGCCAGCGAACCCUGCUUGGCGAAAAGUGAAAUCCUUAAGGCAGCAUUUUUAAUCUACAGUUUCAACAACAAUUGAUUUUUCGCGUCUUCUGUGGCACGACGGCGUGCGCGUUUGGGUGUGUGUGUGUGUGUGUUUGUGUGCGAGUCCUGCGACGACCUUCGGCGUAUGCCGUUCAAAUAUAAAACCGAAUUUCAGUUUGCCAGUUAUAACUGGUAAUACGCACACACGACAUACAAAGAAAACAAAAGCCACUGCCUGAUCUAAACGGGUCGGGUCCUGACUGCAGGAAGUUGCCGCCUGAGCUGCUGUUGCAGCUGCCGUUGCCGCUGCCGACGCCGCGUGUUUUGUUUUUGUUGUUGUUGCUUGUUGCUCCGCUCAAUCCGCCUCAUCUGACCUGGCGAGAGAGCGCAGGAAGAAUGAACAGUUAAUCGCGCGCGCGUGUGUACUCGUAUGUGUGAUGGACUGCGUGUUUGUGCAUUCAAUUUGCACAAAAUAAAACGUUCAUAAUUUGCAAUUCCGCCCGUCCGCAAACAAAUAAAAUUGCCAUCCAUUUUAGUGCCGUCUCGCCGCCUCAGCUACACCGUCAGCUUCGCCAUCAGCAUUUCUUUAUUGGAAAUGUCCGCAACGACACUUUUAGACGUGAAGGAGCAGCAUUUGGAGAGCAGUAUGGCCAGAGCAGACGAGGACUUGGUGGCCUGUCUAGGCGCUCUGGAACUGGGUAAUGAGGCAGCCAGUGUAUCAGACAACACAGUGACAAACAGUCACAUACAAAGCAACUGCAAUGAUGGCAGCGACAGCGGGCUGGACAUAGCCAGUUGCUGCAUCUCACGCGUCACACUGGAGCGUGCUCUGAGCAGCAACAGCGGCGGCUACACCAGCAGCAAUGGUGGUCUAGAGGAAAGUUCCACCCACACACAGAGUCAGCUGAGCUGCAAUUCCGAUCUCUACGAGCUCAAGGCUUUGCCAUCGUUGUCAACGGCUCAGUCCCAGAGCCAUGCCAGCUACGAUUGUUGCAGCGAAAAUGGCAGCGAAAGCUCCAGGGAAGUGCUGGAACAAUCUGUGCCGAAGACGCCGGUGCGUCGCGUGAAUGGUAGUAUAAAGAAAAAGGUGGCCAUGUUCGAACCUUCUCCAGGGCCUUCAAAUGCAAAGGCAGAGGAGCCCCAGCGGGGUAGAGUGGUAAAUCUGAAGCGGGCGGUCUCUCUGCCCCGCCAUAGUGUAGGCCCUGCCACACUGGCUACCCCAACUGCGGCCUCCACAGCGUCCACCUCCACAUCAAGGGAGAAACACCGAGGAGAGCGAUUAUCCUCGGCCUCCUUUCGUAUACCUUCGACAACGGCAACAGGCGUGCCGACGCCCACUCGUCCAGCACGCCCACAAAAGCCGGACACGCUGACCAGCGCCCUGAGCCGCACUCAAUCUAUUAGCAUGCAGCGUCUAGUGCAGCGCACACCAUCGUUAAGUCGCGCCCGCACUCCCGGCACGCCGUCCGACGAUGGACGAUGGCCAACCAACAGAGGCGGAGGCUCCGCCAGACGUGGUAUGUCCGUUACGCCUGAUGUGACGGCCGUUAAGAUGCGAAACAGCAUGUUAGCCAGUAGUCUCGGCUCUGGAGGCUAUGGCACCUUGCCGCGUCAGCGCAAACAGCAGUCAGUGGAGGAUCUCAGCGGGGCUGGGAGCCGUGUGUCGCGUAGCAACUCGAUUACUAGAGCUGAUACACGUAUGACCGCAUCCGUAAUGGUCAUGUCCUCAAGCACUCGUCGCAGCUUGGUGCCGUCAGUGACGGCCAAAGUGAAUUCAUUGCGACGGCCCCAAGCACUUCAACGCACGCGCAUUUAUCAUGAAACGGCAGUACAGACUGCCCUGACCAGUCAGGAUUUGGAUCAGGUGUUUAAUGGCGGUGUGGCGCAGGCACGUGCUGUGGAUGCCGUGGAGCAGCGCAAUCAGAGCACACAGGCUGAGGAUGUGCGGGAUUGCGAGCUAGAGCGUUUGCGUGACGAAAUCCGUCAGUUGGCGCAGCGGGAACACGAGCUGAGCGGCAAGUUGCAGCGAGAGCGUGAAGAGAAGUUGGCCAUGCAACGGGAGCUGCAUCUAAACACGGAGCGUGUGAUGGGAAUGUUGGAAAUGGCGAGAGUUGUGGGCGCUAAUGCGGGAACACCCACCUCUGAGGACAGCGGCGAUGGCAGCGGGCACGACAGUCUACUAAUGCUCGAGUCCCAGAUUCAGAUGAGCGGUCACGAGCUCUUCGAGCGUCAGCAGGAGAUAAGUCAAUUGCGGGCCCUUGUUCGGGCGCUGCAAAUGGAAAUGCGACGUUCGCUAGCCACACAAGAAUGUCUGAUCCAAGAGAAGGCAACAAUCGAACAGGAAUCGAGUGAAUUGCAAGACUUUCUACAGCACGAGAAAGCGUCACUGUGUGAUGCCCUCAAAGAGUUAGAGACAGAGAAUCAAGGCUGCAAGGCGCAGUUGGCCAAUCGUGAGGAAGAGGCAAAAGUGUUGCGUGACGAAUGCAGACAUUUAGUGCGUCUGAAUGAGCAGCGUCGCCAGGAAAAUCGUCUGCUACAGACCAAGUAUUCCGCACUAGAGACUAAGUCACGGGAGCUCAUACAUCAGCAAAAUGCUUCGGUGGCAGGGGCUUCUACGGCCUUAUCAGGACUACAUUCACGCCUCGAUAGCCUCGUGGAACAGCUGGUCUACUCGUACAGCAUUUCCGAACAAGACUUGGAGGACAUACGUUUUCAGAAUGAGGCGAUUGCCACUGAGGCAGACAACUCCCAGAAUGGUAACAGCGGCGGCUCCAACGGCAAGCCCAAUGCUCUCGAUCUGCCGCUUGAACAAGUGACAGCCAACGAAGCCCUACACACGCUGGUACUCGCCAGCGAUGGCUCAUUAUCGCCGCAACGUAAUCAGUCCUUUAUAGCCGCCGUCAUCAGUGCCAUACGCCAGGCCACUACCCACUCGGGCAAGCGCUUGUCACUUCGUCAAGGUGGGAAGCGAAACGGCACGGCUGUACAGACAACGGCGAGCGGCCAAGUAAAUGCCGCAACGAACGAACAAACAACACAAAAUGGCACUGGCGACGAUUCCGACUCCACAGAGAUGCUGGACUCUGAAACGGAACCCUGUCUAAUGAUGGACAAUGUACUCGAGGAUGUCGUGCACCCAGACUCGCACUCCCACAACAUGGUGUCCUCGUGCACGGGCAUGAUAUCGCAAAUCGAGUUGCCCACAGAACUGAUCAGCCAAUGUAGCCAGCCAGCGACGACAGCCACGGCCAAUGGCGAUGAUUCAUUGCAACAGUUGUCCCAGGCCAUCACGAAUCGACAGCAGAUGGAACUCCACAUGCACAAACUGAAUGUGAUGCCCAUCAACAAUCGCGAUCAGUGUAAUACCGAAGAUCUCAGCUGUCACGACUCCUUGGCCGAGUUGCCUUCUUUAAUGGAAUAUUCCACAGCUCAGGCAGUGGUCGACCAAGUCAUUGAGGUGGACACCUUGGUCACAAAACUGCUAAAAGUCCUGAGACUUGUUCAGAUGGACAAUGACAAUUGCAUACAGCAGCUCAUUGUGGAUAAAAACAAAUUGCAACAACACAAGGAGGACAUGCUUGAGAAACUGAAAGACUUGGAGGAUGUCAAUCUAAAGCUGCAGGACGAGCUCAUGGAUGCCACUCAGGAACUGAUGAUCAAGGGUAGUGAUCUGACGAGCGCCAAGGCUGAAAUGCAGCGACAUCGCAACGAGAUCGACCGCCUCAACGAGGACAUCUGUACGCUGAGCACGCUCUGCAGCAACUACAAGAAGCUCUCGCCAACCACAGAGUUUCCGCCCAUGCAGCUACUGACGCCCAACAAGGCGCCCGAGGAGGGUGAUGUCCAGGGCAUUCUUAAUCUCCUGAAAAUGUGGCAGGCUGGUGGACAACUGGAGGAUGUGCGUAUUAGCAGCUUUAUGCGCAAUCUCUUCGCCACAAAUGCAUCGCGUACAUCGCUCCUAAAGGAUAACAACAAUGUGGAGCGCCUACGCAUCUAUGCCAAUCAGUUGGAGCACGUGUCCCGCGUACUUGACGACAGUGAGCUGCACCAAGCGGUCAACUAUGCGCCUUUGCAGCAGCUGCGACAGGACAUAGAGAUUGUUCGCCUGAAUGCCAACUGGACCCAGGUGCUGGGCGAGGACAAUGUGACACAACAGCCCAACAAUCUGCCCGAUCAAAAUGCCAAUGGAAGUGCCCCGUCCGCCGAUGUGCCGCAGCCGCUCUGAUUUGUGUCAAAUUGUUGAUCGUGCAUAUACCAUAUAUAUGUGUCCGAUUCUUCUAGUUGUUUACUUAUAUGUUAUGUAGUUAGUUCGAAAUUUUUGCGUCCAAUCAACAUUUUGGCGGUGCACGGGCGAAACAGUCAACUACAGAGUAGAGAUUAAACUGUUAUAUUCGGGACUGCCUAAAAGUAUGCUUUAAAAAUUUCAAAUAAUUUAGAGCCCAUAAUAUUAUUUAUUUCCUAAAGACUAAGCGGUAUUUUAAAGAGCAUUAAGCUCGUGCAAAGUAAAGUGCAAGAUUUCUUAAAGUUUGAAAAGAUUUUGCAACACCUUUAUUACCAUAUGCCGAAGCCUAGCUUACAUCGGGGUCACCAAAUGAUGAACGGCUCCAUUUCCGUCACUUCUUUCUAUUAAGGAAUACGAGCACAUUCCACAGUAAGCAAACAUAUUUUAAACAACCAGAGUAUUACUAUUAAGGCUCGAUUUAGUUAGUAUUUAUUUAUUUAUUAUGGCUAGACUGUUUCAAACGUGCACUGCGUUUUGACUAACGCUAAAGCUCAUUUAAUAUUUGUCCUCCUAGUGUAUUAUGUUUAUGUAUUAG